AUGCAAUACAGCUUGUCCUCUAGUCUUUUGGUCUUUUCGCUGGUUGGAUCGGUCUUGGGUACACCACUCUUGCCUCGAUACACCAAUUCGACAGGGUCUGCAAUUGUUUGCAAUGGCACGUUCACUCCCAUUCCAGCUCAGACUUGGGUGGACGGGAUGAAUCCUGGAUGGAACCUAGGAAAUACUCUGGACGCCACCCCUGAUGAAGGAAGCUGGAACAAUCCUCCAGUUGUACCCUCUACGUUCGACGAUGUANAAAAAGCCGGGUUCAAGGGCAUUCGACUGCCAGUGACCUGGGCGUACCACUUUGAUACCGAGGCACCAGACUAUACAGUCAAUCCCGACUGGCUUCAACGAGUAUCCGAUGUUGUCGACAUGGUUAUCGAGCGUGAUAUGUACAUUCUCGUCAACGCCCAUCAUGACUCCUGGACCUGGGCCGAUGUUACUCAAGCGAAUGCGAACUACACUCAAAUCGAAGGGAAGUUUUACCGUCUGUGGUACCAGAUCGGGGCCAAGCUAGCAUGCAAAUCAAGCCUGUUAGCUUACGAACCCAUCAACGAACCUGUAGGGACUACCGCAGCACAUGCAGCUGAACUGAGAAAGCUCGAGGAUUUGUUCUUGCAAGCCAUCACAGAUGCUGGUGGCUUCAAUCCGAAACGCGUCGUCACUCUCAAUGGGCCCCAAGAGAACAGUGAUUUGACCUCACAAUACUUUGUCCGCCCUACAAACAUUACCAACCCCUGGUGCAUUCAGUACCACUACUACUCGCCUUAUCCAUUCAUCUUCUCUGCAUGGGGAGGCACAAUUUGGGGCUCAGAUGCCGACAAAGCCGCUCUCGAAGCAGACCUUGCCAACAUCCGCAACAAUUUCACUGACGUGCCUCUGAUUAUCGGUGAAUGGGCUGCAUCUCCAGUGGCAACUGAGACAGCAGCCCGUUGGAAGUAUUUUGACUUCUUCGUCCGCACAGCAGCGAAACACAACACCACCACCGUGCUUUGGGACAAUGGAGCUGAUUUCUUGGAUCGUGCAAGUCAUGUCUGGCGGGAUCAGGUUGCUGUCGACAUAUACAUGUCUGCCCUUGCGGGUGAGGCCAACGCGCUGCCGGACAGCACGACAGACCCCAACGCGAUAACGCAGUUCACCAGUGCUGACCUUUUCGUUCGUGUGGGUCAGAAUGUCACUUCUCAGAAACUACCCUACCUUAUUCCAUCCAACACCACAUUGGUCUCGAUCUCUGGAGCUAAUGGCACAACACUAACUAGAGGAGCCGAUUACUCAAUCUCCGGCGGUGACAUUACCUUCUCAUCUUCUUUCCUGCGUACUUACUUCACUCCUUUCACCAAGCCUGGCUCCAUCACAAAUUUGACGCUUGACUUCUCGCCCGGUGUUAAUUUGACUCUGAAUCUUGUACUUUGGGACAUACCCACUAUCAAUAGCACUUCCAGCUCCAUAUCAGCAGCAAAUGGUUCAAGCAUCUCCAUCCCUGUUCAAUGGAAAGGCAUCAACAAACCUGCAACCGUCAAGGCAGUGACCGCCAACGGAACCUACCUAGUUGACGACUUUACAAAGUACUACGGACCUUUGCAAAAUGCCAGAACUACCUACAAUUCUCAGUGGAACUGGGAUUCGAACAAUUUGAUUAUUACAGCUGCUGCUGUCAGUGCUGUGCAAGCUCUGGGUGAGGAUGUCAUCUUCACCUUCGAGUUCUAUCCUAGAGUACCUGGAAAUGCUGUCAACUAUACAUUGACAGUUUAA